GGUACGUCAGACUGAGCGACAUUGUCACAAAUGCUUUGUAUCAAUCAAAGCGAUAUCCUGGGAAUUGGUUCGUCUGGACCGCUAACGUGGUAUCCUGCGGAUUAAUCACGCGUCUGCCUUUUGUUUUACUGUAUAGCCUCUCGCCCUAAUUCUUUUGUUUUAUUGGAGCAACUUACGCCCCAGAUAAACUGCGUACGGAAACGCCUAUUGUAUGCUUGAUAACGAGCGGUCAUGGAGUUUAACACUUCGUGCGCUAGCCAUUGUAUCUCGCAUAUAAAUAGUCGUCCCAUUUGGUUCAAAACUCAAAGUAUUGCAAGUGAUUGGAGUUUAGUAGUCAUGAUGCUAUAUGGCUUACAGUUUAUUGUUAUGUGUCGUACGUUUCUAGAAAGGUGUUUGUAUUAAUGUUAAUCGAUUCUAUUUGAAUAAGGUUGUGUGUGUUAAGAAUAAACGUCGUGUACCAACUGAUCAAGGUACUAGUGUGUUGUCUGUUAAGAGAACUUCCAAGUCAGAAUCCCAAACUAAACCUCGUCGUAUCGUGACCUUCCGAUACACGUGACAACUGGGGGCUCGUCCGGGAUUUAUCUGAUUAUAUAAGCGAAGUUAAGCAGCAACCCUGGUAGGAUCGGCAAUGGAGUCUAUUGAUCAUUGGAUGGAAACUGGUAAUCGAUUAGGAUAUACCGGCGAUAAUUUGCGUGACUUCGUGAAAGCACAACUUGAACGAGAAGAAAGAAUAGCGGUUCGGGAUGAGAAAAAGCGUGCAGAUGAAAUGGAAGCGAAGAAACGUGCGGAUGAGAUUACAGAAAAGAAACGUUUUGAUGAAAUGGAAGCGAAGAAACGUGCGGAUAAGAUUGCAGAAAAGAAACGUUCUGAUGAAAUAGAAGCGAAGAAACGUGCAGAUGAAACCGAAGAAAGACAUCAGGUUCGCCAACACGAAUUGGAAUUGAGAAAGCUGGAGCUGGAAGAUGGACAACGACGUGAUGAAACUACUAGCACGGCGUCGGUAGUAAGUGUCAAUGGCACUAGCAAGUGGCCAGAGCUACCAAAAUUUGUAAACAACAUGGAUGACAUGGAUGGCUACCUGCUUCGGUUUGAGAGGUAUGCUGAGAAUAGCGGCUGGGAGAAAACCCAAUGGGCAACCUGGCUAAGCGCACUACUUACCGGAAAAGCAUUGGGGGUAUUCUCACGAUUGUCAGCCGAGGAGGGAAGAGACUACGAAAUAUUGAAACGUGCGCUCCGAGAGCGGUAUGGGUUGCGUGAGGAUGGAUACCGAAAUAAGUUCAACAGUGAGAACCAGCAACAAGACGAGACGGUUUCUCAGUAUUUUAUUCGGUUUGAAAACUACUUGGACAAUUGGGUAGAAAUGGCUGGAGUAGAAAAGACGUACAAAGGACUCAAGGAGCUGUUUCUUCGAGAAAAAUUCCACAGAGAAAGUUAUCGCGACCUAUCCUUGUAUAUGAGGCAGCAUUCCACUACAAACAUGACAGAGUUUGCGGAAAUGGCCGACAAAUUCCUAAGUCCCUUGAAGAAACUGAUAAACGGAUUUAGCUCAGAAUCAAAGCGCACGCGAGCUAUAGUAUAUUAUGCCAACCACGAGAGAACAGGAUCAUGGGACGUAAACCGGCGUGCGUACCGAUCGGGUCCUAUUGGUCGCCAGUGUUUUAAUUGUGGAAUGUAUGGACACGCUGCUAGGGAAUGUACUGCAAUGGUCACCAGAGGCACAACGCGUAACUCAACAGAACGGACACAAAACGCAAUGGUGGUUCAAGUCCACAACCGCAAUUUAAAGUCGGUACUCGGACGCGUUAAUGGCAAAACCGUGGAAACAUUGCGGGACACUGGAUGUACAACGGUGCUUAUUCGUAGAUCAUUAGUCUUGGAUAAACAACUCACGGGAGAAUAUCAGAACCUUCAAGGCUUUGUAGGACGACCUAAAGCUGCUCCAGUGGCGAUCGUCGAAAUUGACACGCCGUAUUAUUCCGGAACUCUCGAAGUCGUCUGUGUUACCAAUCUGAAUGGAGAUCUCAUAAUUGGAAAUAUCCCCGGGGCCAGGAAUUGGGACUCUCCUGAUCCUAACUGGCCCGCGACAUCUGUAAAGUCCUGUGCAGUGGUCACAAGAUCAAAGGCUCGUGAACGCCAUCAAUUAAAACUCCUAAAGAUACACGGCUGUACAGGAUUCGACGAAGCCAUUAAUAAGAAAACCUUCCAAAUCGCCCAAGACUCGGAUACAUCGUUAGACAAAUUUCGGGAAAAAUCCAACGAAACCUCUGGGAACAAUGGACAUGUUAAGUUUGUAAAAAAAAUGAACCUCCUCUACAGACAAUUUUGGAAUCCUAAUGUAAACGACGGCAAGCCCAUACUGCAGCUGUUAGUUCCGAGUAACCUUCGGAACAAGAUAAUAGGAAUCGCUCAUGACUCUAUAAUGGCAGGUCACAUGGGAGUAAAAAAAACGCUAGAUCGGAUCCUUUCGAACUUCUACUGGCCAGGUAUCAGAAGUGAUGUGACACGUUUUUGCAGAUCAUGUGAUGUCUGUCAGAAGACGAUUAGCAAAGGCAAAGUUGCAAAGGCCCCGCUCCAGAAAAUGCCUUUGAUUGAUGUACCAUUUGAAAGGGUAGCAGUAGACUUGGUUGGCCCAAUCCAACCACCAAGUGAGAAGGGACAUCGUUAUCUACUGACCAUGGUUGAUUACGCUACAAGGUAUCCCGAAGCGGUUCCAUUAAAAAACAUUGCGACGGAAGACGUGGCAGAAGCAUUAGUGGACAUAUUCAGCAGAGUAGGUGUACCAAGUGAGAUCUUGUCGGAUCAGGGAACCCAAUUUAUGUCCGGGUGCAUGAAAGAAGUUGAAAGAUUAGUGAAGGUUCGCCAUCUCAGAACAACGCCUUACUCUCCACAAUGCAACGGGCUAGUUGAGAGAUUUAACGGCACCCUAAAGACGAUGUUAAAGAGGUUAUGUGCUGAACAACCGCAACAGUGGCAUCGGUACAUCAAUCCGUUACUUUUUGCAUACCGUGAAGUUCCUCAGGAAUCAACGGGGUUUGCACCCUUCGAACUUCUUUACGGUCGAACGAUUAGAGGGCCACUUCAUAUUUUAAAGGAUAUGCUAACCAACGAAACAACAGACAGAGAAACAAUGUGCAGCUACCAGUACGUAUUUGAAUUACGUGAGAGGUUGGAGAAGACAAUGCAAAUAGCAAAAGCAUCGAGUACAGAUGCACAGAGCCGAUACAAGAAAAACAAUGACCGGAAAGCAAAGAAGCGUGAGCUUUCAGAGGGUGACCAAGUCCUAAUUCUUCUGCCAACGGACAACAAUAAACUAUUAAUGCAGUGGAAAGGACCGUACGAAGUGAAAGUAAAAGUCGGGACCAAUGAUUAUCGGGUUGAUGUGAAAGGUAAACUAAAAAUUUAUCAUAUUAACCUACUCAAGAAAUACAUUCAGCGGAACCGCGAAGAAAAGGCGGCCACCAGUGACAUACAAGUUAUCAGAGCAUUAUGCUGUGAAACGACGGACUCCGUAGAUGAAGAUAAGCUACUUGAAUUGAAUUUGGGUGUUCACCAUGAAACAACAGAUGAUAUAAAAACGGGCGACUCACUUACGGAACAACAAAGGCGGGACAUAAUGCUGAUCGUUAAGGCAUAUUCAGGAGUGUUCUCCGAAAAACCUGGAUCGAUGGGGCUAGUAGAACAUGUUAUUAACCUGACGAGUGACAACCCAGUGAGGUCAAAACCAUACAUGGUGCCGUUUCAUGUACGCAAGUCAUUACGAGACGAUCAAGAAAUGUUGCAAGCGGGGAUUAUUCGACCAUCAACUUCACCAUACGCGUCGCCAGUCGUAAUGGUUCGUAAAAAGGAUGGUACGAAUCGCAUAUGUAUUGACUAUCGCAAAUUGAACAAUCUAACAAUAUUUGACCCUGAACCAAUGACCACGGCUAAAGAAGUCUUCAAUACGCUUUCUAAUGAUCACUACUUUUCAACAAUCGACCUGACCAAAGGCUACUGGCAAGUCAAAGUAGCUGAGGAUGACAUACAAAAAACGGCUUUCGUCACACCAGACGGGUGUUACGAAUUCUGCAAAAUGCCAUUUGGAAUGAAGAACUCCAGUGCGACAUUCGUACGGGGAAUGCGAAAGCUUCUUGAAGGCAUGGAAAACGUCGAGCACUACAUUGAUGACGUCAUUGUACACACGCGCACCUGGAACGACCAUCUCGCAACUCUCGAAGAACUGUUUAAACGGCUAGCUCGCGCCAACGUUACCGCUCGCCCAACAAAAUGUCGAUUGGGAGCCGGCGAUGUCGACUUCUUGGGACAUCAUGUGGGAAACAAUGUCAUCGGAUUGCACGAUGACAACGUCCGAAAGAUUCGCGAUGCACCCAGGCCAAAAUCCAAAAGUGAAGUACGUUCAUUUCUAGGCUUGACAGGAUACUAUCGCGACUACAUCGCAAACUAUGCUGCGGUGGCCGUACCUCUUACCGACCUUACAAAGAAAGGACAUCCUGACAUCGUGGAGUGGGGUGAUGCACAGGACAGGGCCUUUAACAACCUCAAGUUAAUGCUCUCAAAGAAGCCAAUCCUGCAUCUUCCCGACCCUUCUUUAGGAUUCGUGCUGCGUACAGAUGCCUCGCGGGAUGGGAUCGGCGCAGUUCUUAUGCAAGUUCAUGAAGGAAAGUACUUCCCGGUAAGCUACGCGAGUAAGAAGCUUUCAAGUGCUGAACGCCGAUACUCAACCAUCGAACGAGAAUGCCUGGCGGUCGUGUGGGGCGUAAAGAAAUUCAUGAUGUACUUAUAUGGCACGAAGUUUGUCAUUCAAACUGAUUAUCAACCGUUAUCAUUCCUCCAAAAAACGAAAUUUGACAAUGACCGGAUCAUGCGCUGGGCAAUGUAUUUGCAGAACUUUGAUAUUCGAUGCGAAUAUAUAAAGGGCAGUGAUAACGUGGGGGCUGACUAUCUCAGCCGGAUGUAAUCCGCUAUGCUUACUGUGUUUUCGUUUAUACUCAUCGCGUUUGUAUUGUAAAGACAUUUGUGUUAUUUUCUUUACGUUUAUUUUAUUUUCUUAAAACAAAACAACUCUUAAAAAGGGGGUUGUGUCACAAAUGCUUUGUAUCAAUCAAAGCGAUAUCCUGGGAAUUGGUUCGUCUGGACCGCUAACGUGGUAUCCUGCGGAUUAAUCACGCGUCUGCCUUAUGUUUUACUGUAUAGCCUCUCGCCCUAAUUCUUUUGUUUUAUCGGAGCAACUUACGCCCCAGAUAAACUGCGUACGGAAACGCCUAUUGUAUGCUUGAUAACGAGCGGUCAUGGAGUUUACCACUUCGUGCGCUAGCCAUUGUAUCUCGCAUAUAAAUAGUCGUCCCAUUUGGUUCAAAACUCAAAGUAUUGCAAGUGAUUGGAGUUUAGUAGUCAUGAUGCUAUAUGGCUUACAGUUUAUUGUUAUGUGUCGUACGUUUCUUAGAAAGGUGUUUGUAUUAAUGUUAAUGAUUCUAUUUGAAUAAGGUUGUGUGUGUUAAGAAUAAACGUCGUGUACCAUCUGA